AUGUUGAGUUCACUUACCAGUAGUGUCGAUAGUGAUAGUUUGAGUAUUUGUUGUUGUUCUAGUAAUAGUCGCUGUUGUUGUUGUGGUGGCGGUGGUGGCCGUGGUGGCCGUGGUGGCGGUGGUGGCCGUGGUGGCCGUGGUGGCGGUGGUGGCGGUGGCGGUGGUGGCGAUGGUGGUGGCUAUUCGACGUGUAGAAAGACAUUUUUUAUGAGAAGUGUUUUAAAUAGUUGUAUCCUACUUAUAGUACUUCCAUCAUUGAGAAUGUUUUUGGUCGCUUUUUUUCCAAACUUGACUGCCACAACCGUCACAGCUACUGCUACGACGACGAAGACUAUGGAGAAAACAAUGCAGUAUAUUCUACGCCUACUAAGGAACACUCCGGUCUUCUUAGCAGGCGAUUCCUCUGGAACAGGCGGUCUCUUUGGAACAGGCCGUCUCUUUGGAACAGGCGGUCUCUUUGGAGUAGGCGGUCUCUUAGGAGCAGGCGAUCUUAUUGGUGCAGGCUGUCUCUUUGGAGCAGGCGAUCUUAUUGGAGCAGGCGGUCUCUUUGGAGCAGGCAUGGAGUAG